GAGGCUCUUCCCACUCGGUGAAGGCGAGGCUUCCCUGACGGAGCGACCCCAUCGCAGCCGCAGCCUCGCCAACCCGACCGAGCCAGGCGGCUCCUCUCACCGCAGCCGCCGCCGCCGCUACUGCUGCUGCUGUUACUCCCGGCCGCGCCUUAGCCCAAAGGUGCUUGGGAAGCUCUUUUCCCCCCGGUUCCUGGCCUCUCCAAAAAGCGGCAGCUUGCAGAGCUCAUCCUCGGGCAUCCCUGCUUUUAAGUCCCAUCGCCGCCCUCUUUUUAAGAAUUAUUCAUGUGGUUGUGAUACACAACAGCAGCCAUGAAGAUAAGGCUCCGUGCAACAGCUGUAACAGUCCUAUGUGCAGCUCUCCUCCUGUGCCCAACUGAGGCUCAAGUUAAUCCACCUUCAGACUUGAAAUUUAAAAUUAUAGAUGAAAAUACUGUUCAAAUGUCAUGGGCAAGUCCAUCUGAUGCAAUAGAAGGUUACAGGAUAACUCUGAGGUCUGCGGCUGAUGAUUCAAGUAGAGAAUUUACCUUAGCACAUACGGCUACCCAAACUUUGUUAACAAAGCUCAUACCUGAUACUGAAUAUAUUGUAACAAUAAAUUCAUAUGAUACUGUAGACGAAAGUGUACCUGUCACUGGACAACUUACAAUUCAAACAGGUGGCUUUGUAACAACAGGAGUAAAGAAGGAUGAAGAAAUUAAUUUGCAAAAGUGUUCCAUUAGUGCUGUUACAGAUCUAGUUUUUCUUGUCGAUGGCUCUUGGAGUGUGGGAAGAAAUAACUUUAAGUACAUAUUGGACUUCAUUGUUACUCUUGUAUCAGCAUUUGAUAUUGGAGAAGAUAAGACAAGAGUUGGAAUAGUCCAGUACAGCUCUGACACAAGGACUGAAUUCAAUUUAAAUCAGUAUUUCAGAAAAAGAGAUCUGAUUGAGGCAAUACGAAGAAUACCAUAUAAAGGAGGCAAUACAAUGACAGGAGAAGCUAUUGAUUAUCUGAUUAGAAAUGUGUUUACGGAGUCUGCUGGAGCAAGAAAUGGCUUUCCCAAAGUGGCAAUUAUCAUUACGGAUGGAAAAUCUCAGGAUGAAGUAGAAAUUCCUGCAAGAGAACUUCGUAGCACUGGAGUUGAAGUCUUUUCUUUGGGAAUCAAAGCUGCAGAUGCCAAAGAGCUGAAGUUAAUGGCAUCCCAGCCCUCAUUGAACCAUGUUUUUAAUGUGGCCAACUUUGAUGGUAUUGCAGAUAUUCAGAAUGAAAUUGUCUCACAGGUGUGCUCGGGAGUGGAUGAACAGCUAGGUGACUUGGUUAGCGGAGAAGAAGCGUUAGAACCGCCUUCAAAUCUGGCAGCCUCACAAAUCUCAUCAAGAGCUAUCAAAAUCACUUGGGAUCCAUCCCCUAGUGACAUAACUGGUUAUAAGGUGGACAUUAUUCCAAUGAUAGCUGAUGCCAAACAAUUCUCAAUGAAUGUAGGACCACAAACUACUGCUUUUAACGUAAAAGAUCUCUCAGCAGACACAGAAUACCAAAUUAAUGUAUAUGCCAUGAAAGGACUGACUCCAAGUGAACCAGUGUCUAUAAUGGAAAAAACACAGCCAGUGAAAGUUCGAGUCGAAUGCGCACAAGGAAUAGAUGUAAAAGCCGACAUUGUGCUUUUGGUUGAUGGCUCCUACAGUAUUGGCAUUGCCAAUUUUGCUAAAGUGAAAGCAUUUUUAGAAGUGUUAGUUAAAAGCUUCGAGAUUUCGCCUGAAAAAGUCCAAAUAAGCCUUGUGCAGUACAGCAGGGAUCCAUACACGGAAUUUCCUUUGAACAAAUACAACAGAAUUGACGAUGUAAUUCGAGCUAUUAACACCUUCCCCUACAGAGGUGGCUCUACCAACACAGGGAAAGCUAUGACCUACGUAAGAGAAAAAGUCCUCAUCCCAAACAGGGGCGCAAGACCAAAUGUUGCAAGAGUCAUGAUUCUCAUUACCGACGGAAAAUCAUCCGAUGCUUUUAAAGACCCAGCCAUAAAACUGAGGAACGCAAAUGUAGAGAUAUUUGCAGUCGGCGUUAAGGAUGCUGUACGGUCUGAGUUGGAAGCCAUUGCUACCCCUCCUGCGGACGCCCACGUCUACACUGUGGAAGAUUUUGAUGCUUUUCAAAAAAUAUCAUUUGAACUUACACAGUCUGUCUGUUUACAAAUUGAACAGGAACUUGAAGCGAUUAAAAGAAAAGCUCACUUACCUGCAAGGAACUUGGAAUUUUCUGAAGUUACUUCUAACAGCUUCAAAGUUACCUGGUCUCCAGCAGGAGAAAGUGUUUUGUUUUACCUUAUCAAGUAUAAAGAGGCUCUUGGUGGAGAGGAAGUCAGUGUUUCUGUACGUGCUCCAGUUACUAACACAGUCCUUACUAAUUUACUACCAAAAACUACAUAUUCUGUCAGUGUGAUUGCAGAAUAUGAAGAUGGUGAUGGACCUCCACUGGAUGGGAACGAAACGACUUUAGAAGUCAUAGGAUCUCCACGAAACCUGAAAGUAACCGAUGAAACAACGGAUAGUUUUAAAGUUGGAUGGUCACCAGCUCCAGGGAAUGUUCUCAGAUACAGACUCGCAUAUAAACCGGUUACUGGUGGGGAAACAAAACAAGUAACCAUCCCAGCAAAUGAAAGGGCAAGCACUCUACAUAAUCUGAUGCCUGAUACAACGUAUGAAGUUUCCUUAACUGCCGAGUACUUGUCUGGAGUUGGAAGUCCAUUGGAUGGCUAUGGAAAAACUGAAGAAGUGCUUGGAAAACCGAGAGACUUGAAAGUUUCAGAUGCUACAACAUCCUCAUUGAAGUUAUCUUGGAAUUCAGCACCUGGGAAAGUGCAGCAGUAUCUUGUCACCUACGCUCCAGUGAUUGGAGGUCAACCUAAAGAGAUAACCCUAAGGGGAGACACCACCAGUACAGUUCUCCCUAACUUGGAACCAGGAACAAAAUAUGAUUUGUCUGUAACCGCUCUUUAUGCAUCUGGAGCAGGAGAGGCUCUUUCUAAACAAGGAGAAACACUUGAAGAACGUGGUUCUCCUCGUGACCUCAUUACUAGAGACAUAACUGAUACUUCAAUUGGAGUCUCAUGGACAGCAGCUCCAGGACCAGUUCAGAAUUACAAAAUUUUAUGGAAAUCCCUUUAUGAUGGCCAGUCUGGGGAAACAACAGUUCCUGGAAAUGUAGUAAAUACUGUCUUAAAUAAUCUUCAGCCUGAAACUAAGUACAAAAUUUCAGUCUUGGCUUCGUACAGAAGUGGAGAAGGACCAUCUCUAGAGGGACAAGCUACAACUGAAGUGUCACCUGGUGCAAGGACUGUUACAGUAGAUGAUGAGAAGGAGACCACAAUGAGAGUCACUUGGCAACCAGCACCUGGAAAAGUGAUCAACUAUCGUGUGCUUUACCGACCCCGUAGAGGAGGAAGACAAAUCGUUGUCAAAGUGCCUCCGAGUUCUACCUCCACAGUAUUGAAACGUCUCCAGCCUCUUACUACUUAUGAUAUUACUGUCAUUCCAACAUAUAAAACUGGGGAAGGAAAACAUAGAAAAGGCGAAGGAACAACAGCUUCUCCAUUUAAACCUCCCAGAAAUCUGCAGACUUCAGAUCCUACAAGGUCAAGUUUCCGUGUAACCUGGGAGCCAGCCCCUGGGGAAGUUAAGGGGUACAAAAUAACUUUCCAUCCAAGUGGAGAAAACAGACAACUUGGUGAAUUAGUACUUGGGCCAUAUGACAAUACUGUUGUAUUAGAGGAGCUGAGGGCAGACACUUCCUAUAAAGUCAAUGUAUUUGGAAUGUUUGAAGGAGGUGAAAGUAUGCCUCUGAUUGGAGAAGAAAAGACAACACUUGCAGAUGUUCCGGAUGUCUCAGUAUUAACUACAGGCUUAGAAUGUAAAACCAGAGCUGAAGCAGAUAUUGUAUUGCUGGUGGAUGGUUCUUGGAGCAUUGGCCGAACAAAUUUUAAAACAGUCCGGAGUUUUAUUGCUAGCAUCGUCCAAGUAUUUGAUAUUGGCCCAGACAAAGUGCAAGUCGCUCUUGCACAGUAUAGUGGAGAUCCAAGAACAGAAUGGAACCUCAAUGCCCAUCCAACCAAACAGCGUUUAUUGGAUGCUGUGGCCAAUUUGCCAUAUAAAGGAGGCAACACACUUACAGGAAUGGCUUUGAGCUUUAUCUUAAGAAACAAUUUUAAGACUGAAGCUGGCUUGAGGCCUGGAGCUAAAAAAAUUGCUGUCCUCAUUACUGAUGGCAAAUCACAGGAUGACAUAAAUAUUCCAUCAGACAGAUUGAAGGAACAAGGAAUAGAGAUCUUUGCUAUCGGUAUUAAAAAUGCGGAUGUGAAUGAACUGAAGCAGAUUGCAAGUGAUCCAGAUGACACCCAUGCUUUCAAUGUUGAAGAUUUUAACCUUCUGGUUAACAUUGUUGAUAGUGUCACCGAUAAUCUGUGCAAUAGCGUGAAAGGAUCAGGUGAUUUGUCUCUGCCUCCCACCAAUCUAGUUACUUCUGAAGUGACCCCUCUUUCCUUUAGAGUGUCCUGGACUGCACCCACUGAGAGCGUGGAUAGAUACAGAGUUGAAUAUUAUCCUGCCCGAGGAGGGACACCACAGGAGGUCUUUGUAAGUCGUUCGGAUACCACUACUGUACUCACUGGCCUCAAGCCUGAAACAGAAUAUGUUGUGAAUGUAUUUUCUAUAGUAGAAGGUACCAGUAGUGAACCAUUAAAAGGGACCGAAACAACAUUGGCAAUCCCUUCAGUGAGAAGCUUGAAUGCUUAUGAUGUCACUUCGAGGACGAUGCGUGUGCGGUGGGAACCUGUAAAAGGAGCGACUGGCUACAUGCUAUUAUAUGAACCUGUCAAUGCCACAAUACCAGCAACAGAAAAAGAGAUGCGGGUUGGAGCAUCAGUGACUGAUGUGCAGCUGGUUGACUUGAUUCCAAAUACUGAGUAUACUUUAACAGUUCAUUCAACUUUUGGCGACCUCACUAGCGAUCCACUCACUACUCAGGAAGUCACAUUACCUUUAAGUGGAGCAAAAAGAUUAAGGCUAAGUGACAUUACUCACAGCAGCAUGAAAGUCAAUUGGGAUCACGCUCCUGGAAAAGUUCGUAAUUACGUAGUGAGAUAUAAAGCAGCUGAAGAAGAUGAAGUAAAAGAGAUAAAAGUGGAUCCAUCCCAGACCAGCACGCCUCUUCCUGAUCUUUUUUCAAAAACACUCUACCAUGUAGAACUUGCUGCAGAAUAUGACGAAGGGCUGUCUGUGCCCGUAGCAGCAGAAGCCACCACUUUACCUGUACCAGCACCCAUCAAUUUGAGAACAGAUCAAGUAACCACAACUAGUUUCAGAGGUACUUGGGAUCACGGAGCACCUGAUGUAGCUCUCUACAGAGUAAUGUGGGGGCCUUAUGGUGAACCUGAAAAACAGGAGACAAUUCUGAAUGGGGAUGAAAAUACGCAACUUUUUGAAAACCUUAUCCCAGACACAUUGUAUGACAUCUCAGUUACAGCAAUUUAUCCUGAUGAAUCAGAGAGCGAUGAGCUGAUUGGCAGCGAACGUACAUUGCCCCUUGUGCCUAUAACAACACCAGUACCAACAAGUCCCCCACGAAAUCUCCAGGUAUAUAAUGCAACAUCUAAUAGCUUGACUGUCAAGUGGGAUCCAGCCGUUGGACGGGUGCAACGCUAUAGGAUCAAUUACCGACCCACUACAGGCAGUGGUCCUGAACUUUCGGCCACUGUAGGGGGAAACAAGAACAGCAUCGUGCUUCAGAAACUGCAGCCUGAAACCCCUUACCGCAUUACUGUUUCUUCGAUUUACGCCGAAGGGGAUGGAGGACAAAUAUCAGGAAAGGGCAAGACCAAACCUCUCAACCUUGUAAGGAAUCUUAGAGUUUAUGAUCCAACCACUAGCACGUUAAAUGUCCGAUGGGAUCAUGCUGAAGGAAAUCCCCGUCAGUACAAGGUGUAUUAUAAACCUGUGGCAGGCGGAACAGAGGAAAUGGUAACAUUGCCUGGGAAUACAAACUAUGCUACUCUAAGGAAUCUCCAGUCCGACACCCCGUACAAAGUAACCGUUGUCCCUGUUUACUCAGAAGGUGAUGGAGGUCGGGCGUCUGAUACGGGGAAAACACUGGUAAGGGGGACACCAAGAAACAUCCAAGUUUACAACCCAACAACAAACAGCCUUAACGUCCAGUGGGAGCCCGCACCAGGUCCAGUGCAGCAAUACAAAGUUGUCUAUAAUCCAUUAGCUGCCACAAAGCCACCAGAAUCUGUUAUUGUACCAAGCAACACACGCAAUGUUUUAUUGGAACGUCUGGCUCCUGAUACUCCAUAUUCAGUAAAUGUCAUUGCUUUGUAUGCUGAUGGAGAAGGGGAUCCAAGUACAGAACAGGGAAGAACAUUGCCUCGUAGUGGACCCAGGAACAUAAGAGUAUUUGACCCAACCACAAACAGUCUUUCCGUUCAGUGGGAUCACGCAGAUGGACCUGUGCAGCAAUAUAGAAUUAUAUAUAGUCCUGUUUCUGGGGACCCCAUAGAUGAAUAUACAACAGUACCUGGCAGAAUAAACACUGUAUUGCUGCAGCCUUUGCAGUCAGAUACACCUUAUAAAAUUACAGUUGUAGCAAUUUAUGAUGAUGGAGAUGGUGGACAAGUGACAGGAAAUGGAAAAACAGUUGGGCUGAUUUCUCCUCAGAAUAUUCAUAUAUCCGAUGAAUGGUAUACUCGAUUCAGAGUGUCCUGGGAUCCUGUCACAUCUCCUAUCUUAGGAUACAAAAUUGUGUAUAAAGUUGCAGGUUCCGAUGAGCCCUUGGAGGUGUUUGUUGGAGAGGUGACUUCAUAUACUUUACACAACUUAUUGCCAAGUACCACUUACGAUGUCAAAGUAUAUGCUCAGUACGAAUCUGGACUUAGUGAACCUUUGGUUGAUCAAGGCACCACAUUGUACUUGAAUGUUACAGAUCUAACAAGUUAUAACGUGGGAUGGGACACUUUCUGUAUCAAAUGGUCUGCGCAUCGGUCAGCCUCUUCUUACAGACUGAAGCUAAAUCCAGCUGAUGGAUCUAGAGGUCAAGAAAUAACAGUGCGUGGAUCAGAAACCAGUCACUGUUUUAAGGGGCUUUCACCUGAUACUGAAUACAAUGCUACUGUCCUGGUUCAGACUCCAAAUCUUGAAGGUCCUCCAGUCUCUACAAAAGAACGCACAUUAAUCAAGCCAACUGAACCUCCAACCAAACCUCCAACGCCAGCUCCACCUCCAACAAUCCCACCUGCACGGGAAGUAUGCAAGGGAGCCAAAGCUGAUAUAGUCUUCCUGACUGAUGCUUCUUGGAGUAUUGGAGAUGAAAAUUUCAACAAAGUAGUGAAAUUUGUUUUCAACACAAUCGGAGCAUUCGACCUAGUAAAUCCAUCUGGAAUUCAGGUUUCCUUUGUGCAAUACAGUGAUGAUCCGAAAUCCGAGUUUAAUUUGAACACCUAUGAUGAUAAAGCCCAGGCCCUGGGAGCUCUUCAGUAUAUUCAGUACAGAGGAGGGAACACAAAAACAGGAAAGGCACUUGCAUUUAUCAAAGAAAAGGUUCUUACAUGGGAAAGAGGCAUGAGGAAAGGCGUUCCCAAAGUCCUUGUUGUCGUAACAGACGGUCGGUCGCAAGAUGAAGUGAUGAAAGCUGCAGCUGUCAUACAGCAGUCUGGUUUCAGUGUAUUUGUUAUUGGCGUAGCUGAUGUUGAUUACCAUGAACUAGCCAAAAUUGCAAGUCAGCCAAGCGAACGUCAUGUCUUUAUCGUUGACGACUUUGAUGCUUUUGAGAAGAUUGAAGAUAACCUUAUCACAUUUGUUUGCGAGACAGCUACCUCAACUUGUCCUCUCAUGUACUUGGAUGGAUACACUUCUCCUGGCUUCAGAAUGCUGGAAGCUUACAAUUUAACAGAGAAAUAUUUUUCUUCGGUACCUGGAGUUUCCUUGCAGUCGGGAUCUUUCCCUAGCCACGUGUCAUACAGGCUUCAUAAAAAUGCUUUUAUUAGCCAACCCACUGUGGAUAUUCAUCCGGAUGGAUUAUCAAAGGCUUACACAAUAAUAUUUUUAUUCCGUCUUCUCUCGGAAACCUCCAAUGAACCAUUUGCGAUUUGGCAGAUAACAGACAGAAAUUACAAACCACAAGUUGGAGUCGUUCUUGACCCUUCCAGCAAAGUGCUAUCAUUCUUUAACAAGGACACAAGAGGAGAAAUUCAGACCGUAGCAUUUGAAGGUGACGAAAUAAAGAAACUCUUUUACGGAAGUUUUCACAAGGUUCAUCUUGUUAUAACAUCCACAAGUGCUAAGAUUUAUGUUGACUGUGUUGAAAUUAUGGAAAAGCCGAUUAAGGAAGCUGGAAAUAUCACAACUGACGGCUAUGAAAUCCUUGGUAAAUUACAGAAAGGUGAUAAGAAAACAGCACCAUUUGAUAUACAGAGCUUUGACAUUGUGUGCAAUUCAGUUUGGACCAGCAGAGAUAGAUGCUGCGACAUUCCUUCUAAGAGGGAUGAAGCAAAAUGUCCAUCAUUGCCAAAUGCUUGUACAUGUGUACAGACCAGUGUGGGAGCGCCAGGACCUCCAGGACCUGCUGGAGCCAGAGGUUCCAGUGGUGCAAGAGGCGAAAGAGGCUCAAGUGGACCUUCUGGGCCCCCAGGUACUCGUGGAGACCCAGGCCCUCCAGGCCCUCAAGGGCCACCAGGACCACAAGGAAUAAAUGGGCUUUCCAUUCCAGGAGAUCCUGGACGUCAAGGGCCAAAGGGUAACCCUGGAGAACCUGGACUUCCAGGGCGAUCAGGAUCACCCGGCUUAAGUGGCCCUCCUGGUGCAAUGGGACCUCCAGGCGACAGAGGUUUUACGGGAAAAGAUGGCCAAUCAGGACCAAGAGGUCCCCCAGGACCAGUGGGUGCCCCAGGAGUGCCUGGAGUUGCUGGUCCAUCUGGGAAACCAGGCGAUCGUGGUUCAGCGGGGCCAGUUGGAUUGAAAGGUGAAAAAGGUGACCGAGGAGACAUGGCUUCCCAGGGUAUGAUGCGAGCUGUCGCAAGACAAGUCUGCGAACAAAUGAUCAACAACCAAAUGACCCGAAUUAACCAGAUGCUGAAUCAAAUUCCAAACGAUUACCAUUCAACUCGCAACCAGCCUGGACCUUCAGGGCCACCAGGCCCCCCUGGACCUCCUGGGGCCACAGGAGAACCUGGAAAUGGAGGCAGGCCAGGAUUUCCGGGCGCACCUGGCAUGCAAGGAUCACCUGGCGAGCGAGGACUGCCUGGAGAGAAAGGCGAAAGAGGAAUUGGAAUACAAGGACCAAGAGGUUUGCCAGGGUCACCAGGUCCACAAGGAGAAUCCAGAAUGGGCCCCCCAGGUUCUACAGGUUCCCGAGGCCCACCUGGGCCACCUGGCCGACCUGGGAAUGGUGGAAUCCGAGGGCCUCCUGGCUCCCCUGGAUACUGUGACUCAUCCCUGUGCGCUAGCAUUGCUUACAAUGGUCAAGGAUACCCAGGUUGACCAUUCGUCUAAAGUAUAAAGAACAGAGUUUGCCAUUUCUGCGUUCAUCUUUCUGAUUCGUGAUGGGAUUAUCUAUACAAAAUUAGUACCUGAAAUCUAAUUUUCCACUUCAAAUGUCAUUUUGUGAUACAGUGCAGACAAGAAGGCAAGGGAGGGCAUGGGAAGUCAUUAUUUGCACUGUUAUCAAAUUCAAUGGAAUCUAUUAUAUUGGUCUAUUAUACAAAUUUCUUCUGAGAAGAGUCAGUUUGAGGCAAUGAAUGGUCAAAGGAACCUAAAUGCUGGAUAUUUGUGACCACAGGAUACCAAAUUACUAAACUGAGAAGGGUCAUAACAAGUGACCAUGCCAUAUAUUUAAGGCCUCUUCAAGAAAAGAUUCCAGACCCUUAAUAUUGAUCACCAAUUUGUUGUGUGCACUGUAGCACCUUAUACAUGAUAUUGCUGUUUGUUACGUUGUUUGCAUGUAUCCGUGAAUAUAUAUAGAUAUAUAUAUAUAUAUAUGUAUACACACGUUCAUAGUAUUGAUGGGUAGAUCAAAUUCAAUAGAAUAAGCCAUAAUGCAAAAUUUGCACACUAUCAACAAUUGAAUGAGAAAUAAAUGGAAAAUAAUGCUGAAGUGCUACUCUUUCAAAAAAAAAUCUGGCAUAUAUAUAUAUAUAUAUAGAUAGAUAUACAUACAAUUUAACUCUCGUGGAUGUAGUGAAUGAAAAACAGUUUUGCACAUAGCUGUUCAACCCUGAAAACUAAAUCUUUGACCUAUUUCAGGUUCCGGCUAACAAAUUUUCUAUGCCGCCAGUGCUGCUUACAGUUUCAAUUUCCAUGAAAAUCCUGUUUCUGAGAUGUUUGUGCACGUUCUAACUUGGACCUGAAUCUGUAUGGUUAUUUCAUUAUAGAUAAUGGUUACAUAAAUAGUGUUGGCCUCAUAAGAGGGGAGAUGCUCUCUUUUUUUUUUAAAAGAAUGUACUUACUAACAAGCAUUUGUGAUUGCAGUAAAGGACAAUGGCAUUUGAUAAAGCAAGAUAAACUCAAUCCCCAUAUUCUUACUGUUCAAUUAUAUCAAAACCAAGUUACUAGAAUGGCAGAGGAGGCUUAUAAACUUAUUAAUGGACAUAACACCAUAAUGCAUUUACCUUGGUGAAAUAGAAAAUGACUGUAAAUAAUGAACUAAUUGUGGCUUGUAAAUGAUUUGUAUGGAAUCAUAUCCACUAAACCUAGUUUAACAUUACAUCCUGCUUUUGCACUCAAACCUCCUGCUGCUGCUUUUUCAUUUGUGCCAGCCUAAUCUCUUCGGAACUCUCGAAGUCUUUCUCUCUAUUCUUUGUUAUUCUUGUUUUCAUCUUACCUUAUUCAGGACUUGAGGGGUUUUCUUUUUGUACAUGUAAUCUUCUUACAAGGGCUGAAAAUAUUUUUGAUUUUGAUUUUCCUGACAUCUUUGGUGUUCCUCUAACACUAGCUCUUGUUCAGACAGAUAUGAGGCACAUUUGUCAGAAAAUAAUAGUUACUGAAUAUUCCCAAUGGUGACAACUUGGUGUAAAUCUCUGCUACCCCCGUAGGGAACUAUUUUGAAUAAAACAAUGCUACAUAAUGGAAAUUGUCCCUUUUGAACAAAGCAUUUAUUUUAAUAAUUGGCUUUCACUUCAGUGAAACUCCUAAAGAUCACUUAAGUAUACACUAAGUCACCUAAAUUUAUAUAUGUCCCAUUGAAAUAAAUGGAAUAAGUUACAACUAAUAGUGACUAACAUAAAUCUCAACUGUUUUCACUGGAAAUUACUUAAGACUUGACUUUAGCAAGUUUGUAAUAUUAACACUUACUUACUUAACCCUGGACCUCAAAAUUAUUUUAUUUUUAGCAUCGUAUUCCUUAACUUGUACCAAUAUUCUUUCUGAAUUUUUUUUCCUCUUCCAAAAUGAAAUUAUUUUGGAGUGAUUAUUAUGUGUGCAUUGUGCAAAAUCAGCAUUCGGGACUAAACUGCAAAGCAGGACGUUUUUGCUUGCUUGGCAUUAAGUCUCUUCGCUCCCUAAGAGAUUUAAUUCUUGCACAGAACUUUAGAUGUGGAUGUUGCUAUUUCUGUUUAAAUUAUGCUAAUUGGUCAUACAAAAAGUUUUCGAAAGGGAACAGAAAAAUUUCGUCAACAGACAAAACAUGGUGCUUGCCCCCCCGGCCACCUGUUUUUGCUGGACACACAUAAGAAACUCCAGAUUCAUGUCAAAGGCAGUGCCUCAGUCACAACACCCCUUGUUGAGACCCCUAUGCGUAGCAGAAUUUCUACAUUAAAUUAUUGUUUUUAGGAUCAUUUGUUAGUGAGUUUUUUUUUUUAAUGAAAUCACUUCCAAAUAAAAACCCUGAGAAUUGGCUAAAAGAAAAAAGACCAAACCAUCCCAGAUUUACUAAAACGAAACCAUAACCUAAUAGCCUGCUUUUAAACUAA